UAUAUAUCUGGCUUUCCUUUUUACAUUUGUCUCGCAACACUAACUGGGAGUCUCAGUGUUUUCUCUUCUGAGUUGAUCUUACUAGUUAUUCUAGUCAGGAGAAAUGGCCGCUGAACCUGUUAAUGUGAAUGAGUUCCAAGAAUUGGCCAGGAAAGCUCUUCCAAUGAUGUACUAUGAUUUCUAUACUUCAGGAGCUGAGGAUGAGUAUACACUGAAGGAGAAUUUGGAAGCAUAUCGUAGAAUUACGAUCCUGCCAAGGGCUCUUGUGGAUGUGAGCAGAAUAAACCUUUCAACUACAGUAUUGGGUUACAAGAUCGCAGCACCCAUCAUCGUUGCCCCGACGGCAAAGCAUAAAUUAGCUCAUCCUGAAGGAGAGGUUGCAACAGCAAGAGCUACUGCAGCAAGUAACACUAUCAUGGUGCUAUCCUUUAUGUCUACCUGCAGUAUGGAGGAGGUUGCAGCCAGCUGUAGUGCUAUUCGGUUCUUUCAGUUAUAUGUAACUAAAAGACGAGAUAUCACAGUUCAGCUAUUGCAGAGAGCUGAAAGAAAUGGAUACAAAGCUAUUGUCCUGACAGCUGACACACCCAAGAUUGGUCGACGGGAGGCAGAUAUAAAAAACAAAAUGAUCUCACUUCAAGCGAAGAAUCUUGAAGGUCUCUUAUCUACUGCAUCUUCAAAUAAAGAGGGUUCUAAUCUUCAAGCUGUUUCUGCUGAAAUUUUUGAUCAAUCUCUGAAUUGGAAGGACAUUGCCUGGUUGAAAUCUGUUACAACCUUGCCAAUUUUGGUCAAGGGGUUGCUCACUGCAGAAGAUGCCGUGAAAGCUGUGGAAGCAGGAGUUGCUGGGGUGAUUGUGUCCAACCACGGAGCACGCCAGCUUGAUUAUGUCCCCGCUACUAUUAAUGUUCUGGAAACGGUUGUUGGAGCUGUUGGAGGAAAAGUUCCUGUUUUCUUUGAUGGCGGAAUCCGGCGUGGAACAGAUAUUUUUAAAGCCUUAGCUCUUGGUGCUCAAGCAGUCCUUAUUGGGAGGCCUAUACUUUAUGGACUGGCGGCAAAGGGGGAACAAGGGGUCAAACGGGUCUUAGACAUGCUGAAGGAGGAGCUAGAACUUACCAUGACCCUAGCUGGGUGCUGUGAUGUGAAGGAUAUUACAAGGAGCCGUGUAACCACGGAACGCGACCGGUUCCGAGCCAUGCUCUAAAUGCUAUACAUGACUGAAUAAAACAAUGUAGCCCGAUCACUGAACAUGUUCUGUACGCAUAUUUAAUAU